AUGGAGACGAUUGCAUCCCAAAAAGGUGGACACCUCAUCUUGUACGAAGGAUAUCGUUAUCGAAGAGCAAGGGAGAAUUCUGACGGCAGUGUUUCUUGGCUGUGUGUACGUGUCCCUUGCAAAGGACGUAUCAAGAUCGUCGAUGAAAACGAAGUUUCUAUUAUCACCGAGCAUGGACAUGCACCGAACCCAGAAGAGAACGACGCUGCGAAAUCGAUUUUCAACAUGAGAAGACGAGCGACUACUACUGCGGAGGCUCCACGGCGGAUAGUUCACGAUAUCACGAGCCAGUUGUCAUUAGCGGCGUCUGUCCAGAUGCCAACCCACCGUGCUUUGCGAAGAACUAUUCAGCGCGCCAGGAAGAGAUCACAGCAGCCGUAUGGCACUCUUUCAACCGUCGCUGACAUUCGUAUUCCUGAUGCUUUGAUGACAACAACGAGGAAUAUGGAUUUUCUGCUGUGGGAUUCGGGUGACGAUGAUGAAGACAGAAUUUUGAUGUUUGGAACUGCCACCAACUUAUCGCUUCUCCAUCAGCACCAGAACUGGCAUGUCGACGGUACAUUCAAAGUCGCACCUGAGCUCUUCUUCCAACUCUUCACCGUACAUGCCUUGAUCGACAACAGGACUACAUUGCCGAUGGUAUAUGUUCUCCUACAAGAUAAAACUGAGGUCACCUACACAAGAGUCUUCAGGAAACUUCUUGAGCUGAGACCUGACUUAAAUCCUCGCAGCUGCGUGUGCGACUUCGAAAAGGCGGUACAUAACUCGUUGUCGCAAGUAUUUGAUGGAGUCGCCUUACAUGGAUGUCUGUUCCAUCUGGGGCAGAAUUUGUGGAGGAAAGUUCAAGAACUUCAUUUGGCCGGCGAGUACCGGGAUGAUCCAGACUUUAGGGCCAACGUGAAAAUGGUGUUGGCGUUGAGCUUUGUUCCGGUGCAGGAUGUUGUGAGUGCCUUCGAAGAGCUUAUAGACAGUUCUCCUGCAACAAUGGACCCGCUUCUUUCCUACUGGGAAGAUACUUAUAUAGGACACCAAAUGAGGAGGAAUAGGCGCAUGGAUCCCAAGUUCCCUAUUGUGAUGUGGAAUGUCCACGACAGUCUUGAAUCGCCUACCCAGAACAAACAACUCAGUGGAAGGAUGGCACCACGCAUUCCAGAAGGGCUUGGACUGUCAUCAUCCGUCCGUAUAUAG